AUGAAAAUAUUAACUUUGUUGAGCUUAUGGUCCACAUACUUAUUAGCGGACAGCAGUAACAUUAAGAAUCAAGCUGCGCAGUUCUUCAGCAGUGGUCAUACAAACAAUUGGGCUGUUCUGGUGUGCACAUCCAGAUUCUGGUUCAACUACCGUCAUGUGGCAAACACUCUGUCAGUCUACAGAAGUGUUAAGAGGCUGGGCAUACCUGACAGCCACAUAGUCCUCAUGCUGGCUGAUGACAUGGCUUGUAACCAUAGAAACCCCAAACCUGCCACAGUGUUCAGCCACAAAAACAUGGAGCUGAACGUGUACGGUGACGAUGUGGAGGUGGACUACCGAGGAUAUGAGGUGACAGUGGAGAACUUCCUUCGUGUUUUGACUGGAAGACUCCCGCCCAGCACGCCACGCUCAAAACGGCUCCUCUCUGAUGACCGAAGCAACAUCCUCAUAUACCUGACAGGUCAUGGCGGGAAUGGCUUUCUGAAGUUCCAAGACUCCGAGGAGAUCAGUAAUGUGGAGCUGGCUGAUGCUUUUGAGCAGAUGUGGCAGAAAAGAAGGUACAAUGAGCUGCUCUUCAUCAUCGAUACCUGUCAGGGAGCCUCCAUGUAUGAGAGGUUCUAUUCUCCAAACCUAAUGGCUUUGGCCAGCAGUCAAGUUGGAGAGGACUCCCUGUCGCACCAGCCAGAUCUGGCCAUUGGGGUGCAUUUGAUGGAUCGUUACACCUUCUACCUGCUGGAGUUUCUGGAGGACAUCCACCCUGCAAGCAAAGCCAACAUGAAUGACCUGUUCAAAGUAUGUCCCAAGAGUCAGUGCGUGUCCACUCCGGGCCACCGUACAGACCUUUUCUUGAGGGACCCGGGAAGCGUCCUCAUCACAGAUUUCUUUGGUAGCGUUCGCAAAGUCGAGAUCACCAUGGAAACCAUCAACCUGACCGAACCCAUCAAGACAGUGGAGCAGAAUCCUGUGAAUGGAGAGCUGGAAAAGGAGACGUAUUCAUACUUAUAUGUGGAUCAGCUGCCUGUGUCUGAGAUCAUCCAUCAGAAACCAAAGCAGAAAGACUGGCAUCCUCCUGAUGGCUUCAUCCUGGGACUGUGGACUCUAAUCCUCAUGGUGUUUUUCAAGACGUAUGGCAUUAAACACCUCAAACACAUCUUCUGAGGCCUCAGCGUGUACACCGCUGGAUAUCUGAGGACACGAGGAAGUCAAUCGGGAGCUUUUACAGAGGGGAUUUUAGAGGGAAGGUGCAGUUUGUGACUGGAUUAUUUUUUCCUUGAAAUGGAAUGAAGAUGUAUGGCACCGCAUCAGCUCUGCCAGAAACGUUACGAUUGAAUUGGUGCCUUUUUUUUGUUUUUGAAUGUUGUUUUUUACCUGGGAAAUUUAAAUAUUGUACAAUUCUAGAUGAGAAAAGUUGAGAUGAUCCGAUACCGUCUUACCUUGCUGAUAUGGAUUUCCGAUAUUCCGAUUUGAGUAUUGGCCAAUAGCGCGUAGCCCUUAGAUGCCACUGAGAUAAAAAAAACAUGCAUAUACAAAUUAAUUGUGGAAAAACACUGAUUCCUGCCAUUUUGUUAGCUUUGACUAACAUUACAGUCUCAGCUUCCAUUACAGUUUAGUUCCUGGUUAUUGUACACCAGCAAAUUAGCUGUAACCAUUAACUGUAUACAAAGAUGAGCGAUGCUUCUCAACCACCUCCCACUGUACAAUAGUGAAGCCAAAAAACCCCUUCAAUGGGCGCUGAUAUAUUGUGCUGGUGAUGUCAUUUGGAGCCCGAGACGGCACAGUAGAAUCUGUUCUGGUUUUAACAUCCUGCCCUUUCUGAUAACACACAUCUAACUUACCAAUUAAAUGGAAAAAAUCCCUCAAGGCCACAGGAGUACAGAUUCUAAUGUCAGUUUGAAGCAGAGACGCAGUGACUUAUUGUCAGUGUUUGUUCAGUUUCUCUCUACAGACACAGCGCUAUAAGAAAAUCCAAAAUCCAAUUUUAAAACUAAAACUUUUAGAUGAAUGAACCGCUGAACAUUAAUUACAUGAUAAGUAGUUACUUUAAAGACCAAAACCAUGUUUGACAUUUUUAUUUUAGACAUAUUUAGAUUCUAAAGUUUCACCCGUGUCUCACUUGUUAACAGAGAAGAGGCAGAGCCUAUGACCUUGGCUGAAGUCUGUGGGGGGAGCUCUGAAUGGUUUGGCCUCACUUUUGGGGAGCUGUCAUGUCGUCCAUCUUUUUAUACAGUGAAUGAUAGAGGUAGAAGAUUAAUUUGGGGGGAAUACAUUAUGCUAUCAGAUUGCUGCAUUUACUGACAGACUUGCCAAUACUGCAUUCAAGGCUUUAUCAGAAGUGGCUUCUGUCAGUGGUAUCGGUAUUGGAUCAACUCUGCUGACAAGGUGGAAGGGACAAACACUUGAACGAUACGCAGAGCUCCAACUCUGCAUGGGCCGCCUAUGAGCAGUGUGUUUUAAACUGUUUUCAUGUUUUUCUUUUUCACAAGGACUUUAACUUAUAUUUAUUUCUUGUGUGUCUAAAAUUCUUGUUUUGUCGAGCCAAUCCAUAACUGCAUUGAUUUGGUAAAAAAUGCACUGAAUUAAGUCCACAGAUAAGAGUUUAAUUUAUUUUUCGAGACAGUGCCGCUCUGCAUAUUUCAGCAGCAGUUUUGUUUAAGAGCUCCUCAGAAAUGUUCACUCGCUCAGAGGAAGAAAAUGUGGGAUGAGGGCUAGGCUGAUUGGCUGUGAGAGAACUGUGCAGAGAUCACUGAUUAAUGUCCCUCCUGUCCGUAUACAUUACACCCCUUGACCGUCACAUCCCGCUUGUGAGGGAUAACAAUCGCACAUAAUCCCAUCUCGCAGUGAUGGACCCAUCCACUUUCCUAUUCUCCAAAUUGCCCUCCCUGUGGAAACAUCCAUUAGCUCCCCAGCCAUGUACUCGGCUGAUUGUAUUCUGGGUGAUGGACAGCUAUUUCCCCAGCUAUUUCCAACGUCUCGGCAACAGCAGCGAUAAGUGAGUGAUAACCCAGUAAGCUGCCGGUCGUCCCAAAUGAAUCUCCUCUACGCUUGGACGUGUUUUUCCUCCUUUUCCCCGCUCUCCCUUCCUCACUAUGUGUUACAACUCUGCAUUAAGCUCAUUGUUGGGGGAAUGACUGAUGCUCAGCGCAUAUGGAUUGAACCUGUGGUAGUUUAUCUUUGCUCCUUGGCACGAGGACACACCCAUCAGGCGUCUGCUGUCACCCUCUCUUGCAGCUGAAGUGGAAAAUAGAUGAAGCUGGAAAUUGAACCAUAUGUAUGUGAAGGCAGCUGCUGCGUCAGCCACCAUCUACCUUUCCUUUUACAUUAAUUAUGCAAGGCUUAUUUCUUCUUCCCUGUUUCUAUAUCCUGUAGUCUCACAUCCCCUUUCAGAGCGAGCUCAUUGUAUAAAAAUUGGUCGGACUCUGAUACCCUGAUUAAAGUUGAAACACUGAAUAAAAGGAUCGUAUUUGCGUCUUUAA